UCUCUCUCUCUCUCUCUCUUUCUCUCUGCCAAAAGCUUACAACCUCUUCACAAUUUCUAAGCUAAGAACAAAAAGAAAGUGGAAAAAAAAAAACGACAAUUUUCCAAGAAAUUAGAAAAAAAAAAAGAAAAGAAAAUCUCAUUUUUACAGCCCCCUCUGUCUGUACAUGAAAAAACCAUAGAGGCAAAUAUCUACAACCAACCAGCAAAAUCAAAAGCCUGUUCAGAUACCUAGCUGUUGAUUCCAAUUGUAAUUUGCAUUGCAAAAAUCAGGUUUGGACGUUUACCACUGUAAAGGAGCAUAAGCUUCAAAAUUUUGAGGAUAAAAUAGUGCGAAAAAUGGUUUUUCAUUGAGAGAGGUGAAUGAUUUGUUCUUGGAUUAUUUCAGCUACAGAUUGAAGCUCAAUUCUUAGUUUUUUGAACUGAGAAUUCUGGGGCCUCAGGAAGUUAUUCUGUCGGUAUGCUGAACUACGACAUAUUGAUUCUUGAUUGGUAACUGUUGGAGGGGAAGUUUGUGGUUCUCUUGUUGGUUUUGUUGUUUAUUGGCUUAAGAAAAAGGGUUUUUUUUUUUUUUUUUGGAAGAAAUAAGAUAUUUUUAUGGCAAGCUCUUCCGAGAGAUGGAUUGAUGGUCUUCAGUUCUCGUCAUUGUUCUGGCCAGCUCCUCAAGAUGUCCAGCAACGAAAGGCACAAAUUACUGCCUAUGUUGAGUACUUUGGGCAGUUCACAUCAGAACAAUUUCCUGACGAUAUUGCUGAGCUGAUUCGUAAUCGUUAUCCAUCAAAGGAAAAACGCCUGUUUGAUGAUGUCCUGGCUACUUUUGUCCUCCAUCAUCCGGAACAUGGGCAUGCUGUUGUUCUUCCAAUUAUUUCAUGUCUAAUUGAUGGUACGCUGGUGUAUGAUAGGAGUAGUCCUCCAUUUGCUUCUUUCAUUUCAUUGGUCUGCCCAAGUAGUGAGAAUGAAUAUUCUGAACAAUGGGCUCUGGCAUGUGGAGAGAUUUUGCGAAUUUUGACUCAUUACAAUCGUCCAGUAUAUAAGGUGGAACAACAGAAUAGUGAAAUGGAAAGAAAAAAUGAUGGAAACUAUGCUACAAGUAGUGGCUCGGUUGAUGGGGAAGCCUGUCACGCACCUUCAGUACAACAGGAGAGGAAACCUUUAAGGCCUUUGUCCCCCUGGAUUACGGAUAUAUUACUUGCUGCACCUCUGGGUAUUAGAAGUGAUUACUUCCGUUGGUGCAGUGGUGUCAUGGGUAAAUAUGCGGCUGGAGAGCUCAAGCCACCAACAACUGCUUCAUCUCGUGGAUCUGGGAAACAUCCUCAGCUCAUGCCAUCAACCCCAAGAUGGGCUGUAGCCAACGGUGCUGGGGUUAUAUUAAGUGUGUGUGAUGAUGAAGUGGCUCGUUAUGAGACUGCUACAUUAACUGCAGCUGCUGUCCCUGCACUUUUACUUCCCCCUCCAACAACAGCUUUGGAUGAACAUCUAGUUGCUGGGCUACCGGCUCUUGAGCCAUAUGCACGUUUAUUUCAUCGGUAUUAUGCAAUUGCAACUCCAAGUGCCACCCAGCGACUUCUUCUUGGACUUUUGGAAGCACCGCCUUCAUGGGCUCCAGAUGCACUUGAUGCUGCUGUACAGCUUGUGGAACUCCUCCGAGCUGCUGAAGAUUAUGCAUCUGGCAUAAGGCUUCCCAGGAAUUGGAUGCACUUGCAUUUCUUGCGUGCAAUUGGGAUUGCAAUGUCAAUGAGAGCAGGAAUAGCUGCUGAUGCCGCUGCAGCUUUACUUUUUCGCAUUCUCUCACAGCCUGCGUUGCUUUUUCCACCACUAAGGCAAGUUGAGGGUGUUGAAGUUCAACAUGAGCUUUUGGGCGGUUAUAUUUCAAACUACAGAAAGCAGAUAGAAGUGCCUGCAGCUGAAGCGACUAUUGAAGCAACUGCCCAGGGGAUUGCAUCUAUGCUUUGUGCCCAUGGCCCAGAGGUUGAAUGGAGAAUUUGCACCAUUUGGGAAGCUGCUUAUGGCCUGAUUCCUUUAGGUUCCUCAGCAGUCGAUCUUCCUGAAAUCAUAGUGGCCACUCCAUUACAGACUCCUAUAUUAUCAUGGAACCUGUAUAUACCUCUCCUUAAAGUCUUGGAAUACCUUCCUCGUGGAAGUCCAUCUGAAGCAUGUCUCAUGAAAAUAUUUGUUGCUACUGUUGAAGCUAUUCUUCAGAGAACAUUUCCACCCGUGUCUUCCCGGGAACAAACCAGAAAAUCAAGAUAUCUUUCUAGCAUGGGAUCUGCCUCCAAAAACCUUGCAGUGGCAGAACUUCGUACAAUGGUCCAUUCUCUCUUUCUGGAAUCAUGUGCCUCCAUAGAGCUUGCUUCACGCCUACUAUUUGUUGUGUUAACUGUGUGUGUGAGUCAUGAGGCUCAAUCUAAUGGAAGCAAGAGACCAAGAGGUGAGGAAAUUUAUCCACCGGAUGAUAGCAAUGAGGACUCGCACCAACUAACAUCUGAAAUGCUGAAGUCUAGAAAGAUAAAAAAACAAGGUCCUGUCGCAGCAUUUGAUUCUUAUGUUUUGGCUGCUGUAUGUGCUCUUUCCUGUGAGCUUCAGUUGUUCCCUUUCAUUUCAAGGGGCAGUAAUCAUUCAAGUUCUAAAGAUUGUCAGACGGUGGCCAAGCCUGUAAAAUUAAAUGGAUCUAGUAGUGAGUUCCAAAGUAGUAUUGACUCUGCAAUUCAUCAUACUCAUAGAAUCUUAGCAAUUUUGGAGGCACUUUUUUCUUUGAAACCAUCUUCUGUUGGUACCUCUUGGAGUUACAGUUCAAAUGAGAUAGUAGCUGCAGCUAUGGUUGCUGCUCAUGUUUCUGAACUAUUCAGACGGUCAAAGGCUUGCAUGCAUGCACUUUCUGUUUUGAUGCGGUGCAAGUGGGACAAAGAAAUUUAUACCAGGGCGUCAUCACUAUAUAACCUCAUUGAUAUUCAUAGCAAAGCUGUUGCAUCAAUAGUUACCAAGGCUGAGCCGUUAGAGGCACACUUGCAUUUUCCAGUUUGGAAAGAUUCCCUCGUGCGUUUAGAUGGCAAAAAGCGAAACAAAAGUGCAAGCACAGACUGCUUCAAUUCAGGGGAGUCAUCUACCUCACAGUGUGAAGAAUCAGCUUGUACAGAACCUAGAAUUAAAAGUGAGAGACUGUCACAAUCAGAAGAAGGUUCAGGAAGUACCUUGGGUAAGCGUAUUGCCGGGUUCCCAUUAGAUGCUUCAGAUUUGGCCAAUUUCUUAACAAUGGACAGGCACAUCGGAUUCAAUUGUAGUGCACAAGUUCUUUUAAGAUCAGUGCUUGCAGAGAAACAAGAGUUGUGUUUCUCUGUCGUUUCACUGCUGUGGCACAAGUUGAUUGUCACACCCGAAACUCAACCUACCGCUGAAAGCACGUCUGCCCAACAAGGAUGGAGACAGGUUGUUGAUGCACUAUGCAAUGUUGUAUCGUCAUCACCUACAAAAGCAGCUACAGCAGUUGUUCUUCAGGCGGAUAGGGAAUUACAACCUUGGAUUGCCAAAGAUGACGAUCAGGGUCAGAAAAUGUGGAGAAUCAACCAGCGAAUAGUCAGAUUAAUCGUGGAAUUAAUGAGAAAUCAUGAUACACCAGAAUCAUUGGUAAUAUUAGCAAGUGCGUCAGACCUACUUCUACGUGCAACAGAUGGGAUGCUUGUUGAUGGAGAAGCUUGCACUUUACCACAGCUAGAGUUACUUGAGGCGACAGCUAGAGCAGUUCAGCCUGUUUUGGAAUGGGGAGAAUCUGGAUUUGCAGUUGCAGAUGGCCUUUCAAACCUGUUGAAGUGUCGGCUACCAGCUACUAUCCGAUGCCUUUCUCAUCCAAGCGCACAUGUCCGUGCUCUUAGCGCAUCAGUUCUCCGCAGUAUUUUGCAUACUGGUUCAAUAAGACCUACUGUUAACCAAGUGGACAUAAACGGUUUUCGCGGUCCCUCUUGCCAGUACAUUAACAUAGAUGUCAUUGAUUGGCAAGCUGAUAUAGAGAAAUGCUUAACUUGGGAAGCUCAUAGCCGACUUGCAACAGGACUGGACAUUCAGUUUCUUGAUGCUGCUGCCAAAGAAUUAGACUGUACUAUUUCCAUUUGACAUCAACUAGCAUUUGGUAGCAGUUUCAGGUUUAUCAGUGUAUUUCCUCUGCUUUUCCUCCUUUUCUUCAGUGAGACAUACAGGUAGAAAUAGGCCUUGUUAAUUGGACAGUAGCAAUGUUGGCCACAGAAGUAACUUUCACUUUGUUCUUCUAGGAAGGAUAAUAGUGUAUAGUGAAACAGUAGACAAGGCCAUGAUAAAAAUUCCAUCAUAUGCUUAAUUUUAUCCAGCUGAGAUGUGCAUGUAACAAUGUUGUAGAUUUUCAUGUGUAAUUUGGAUUUGGAAUACAGAUUGGUACAUAGCAGACAACAUCAGCCUAAUGUUACUCUCUCUUUUUUU